AUCCUGGGAUCACUUUAGAGGCAAUGCAUGAUGAAAUGGCAGAAAAUUAUGGAUUGGAGACUACAAGGAUGCAACUGUACAGAGGAAAGAGGAAAGCCAUGGAGGCAAUUGAGGGUAAUUAUGCAGAGGCUUACACCAAACUUCCAAUGUAUGCUGCAGAAGUGUUGAGGACCAAUCCUGGUAGUUUGGUCAAAAUUGAAAGGGAAAGAAAGCCACCAUCUAAGCCAAACUUACCUCCUCCCUUACCAACAUUCAAAAGAAUUUUUCUUUCAUUUGCAGCCAUACAACAUGGCUUUAAAGAAGGUUGCAGACCUUUCAUAGCUGUGGAUGGGUGUCAUUUGAAGGGACCAUUUGGGGGCAUAUUGUUAGCUGCAGUUGGUCUUGAUGGAAAUAAUGGUCUUUAUCCUAUUGCAAUUGGUGUGGUGGAGAGUGAAUGUAAGGAUAGUUGGGCCUUUUUCCUUUACCACUUGAACACCAUUUUUGGUAAUGACCCCCAAAACAUGCCAUUGACAAUCAUGUCUGAUGGUCAAAAGGGCAUUGAGCCAGCCAUGAGACAAGUAAUACCCCAAGCAACACAUAGGAGGUGCUGUAGACACAUUUUCAGCAACUUGAAGGGCAAAUUCCCUGGUUUAAAGAUCAAAAGAGCCUUUUGGGCUGCAGCUAAAGCUUACACUGUCAAGGAUUUUAACAUUGCAAUAGGACAGAUGUUGGAGUUAUCUUCUGAAGCACAUAGCUGGCUUUCUAAAUUUCCAGUUGAAAUAUGGGCAAGACAUACAUUUGAUCAUAGGGUGAAGAGUGAACAUGUUACUAGCAACAUGGUUGAGUCAUUUAAUAAUUGGAUUGGUAAUGUUAGGGGUAAACCUAUCUUGACAUUGUUGGAAAAUAUCAGAUUGAAACUGAUGAACAAGUUACAUAAGAGGUUUGAAGAGGUAGCUUCCUGGCAAUCUUUGGUAACCCCUAACAUUAAGAAGAAAUUGGAGGAAGUGGUUCUUCAAUCUAGACUUUGUAAAGUGAUUUUUGCAGGACAAGAAGAGUAUCAAGUGGCUGAACGUGUGGUGUCUUAUAUUGUAAACCUACAAAGAAGGUCAUGUUGUUGCAGGAUAUGGGACAUAAGUGGAGUCCCUUGCAAGCAUGCAACAGCUUGCAUUACUCAUAAAAGGAUAAACUUAGAGACCUAUUGUGACACAAUGUACUACAAACACAUUUAUUUUAAGGCGUAUGGGGAAAUUAUACAUCCAAUGCAUGAUGAGAGUUUAUGGGGUCCAGUUCUUGGAGAUGAAUUGAAGCCUCCACCUCUUAAGAGGAUGCCUGGAAGACCUAGAAAAAGUAGGAGAAGAGAAGUUAAUGAGGCUGCACCAUCAAAAAGAUCAUGCACUGUGAAGUGCAUCAUUUGCAAAGGGAUUGGGCACAAUAAGAGGACAUGCUAGAGGGCACCUAUUAGGGGUAGGGAAAUGGGAACAAAUGAGUCUGCUCAAAGAGGAAUUGGUACUGUUGUUGAAAGAAGCACUAUUGGAAGGUUCACAGCUACUAAGAGGAGCACUGUUGAUGAUCAAGGACAAGAUGGGGUGCUUCCAACUCAGUGGAGCAUGACUGACUUCAACCAUAGGUGAUGUUUUUGUCAAGGAAUUGCUUUUUGUAUAGGGGAUGCUGGAAGGAACUAAAGACUAGGGUAUACUUUUUUGUGUAAUUAGUGGGUAUACUUUUCUAACAAUGUCUUCAUAUUAGUACAUAUCAGAAGGCAUGCAUCCUUGCUCACCACAGGUUUUUGAAUUAGGUGGGCUACUACUCUUUUAUUAACUUGCAAAGUUUUUGUUGGACAAGAAUUUGUAUCUAAAUAUGUAAUGUAAUUAAGUAAAUAUUUCAGACUUGUAUUUUGGUGGACAUGAAUAUUUCAGACUUGUAAUUAAUUUUGUUGGACAUGAAUAUGUGAUUAAGUUAGUAUUUCAGACUUGUGUAUCUGAAUUUUUAAGUUAA